ACCCUUUAUACACCGAAUUGUGGCCGAGAUUGGUUCAUCCGCAACAUGUUAACGUGUAUCGGUCGCUCAGUAUGUAAACGUCAAUUGUGUCGGAAUUGUCAGUGAUGUUAGUCAAAUAAUGUGAAUUAUUGAUCGAUUCGCCACCUGACAGUGAACCGCACUCGGUGAAAUUAUGAAAAAGCCGUCAUCAAACGCCAAAUACGAAAAAUUAAAUCCACAACUUUACAACAAAGAUGUAGACGAAAAUUACAUCCACCAGAAUACCUCGGAGAAGAACAACGGUUCGAGCAUGUGGUUGACGGCGAGCGAGGCGAGCAGACUGGAAUGCGAGGAGGUCGCCUCCCGUUUGGACGUGGACGUACGCAAAGGUUUGAGCUGGCAGGAGGCGACGCACCGGCGCCAGGUGUCCGGCUAUAACGAGUUCAGCGUCAAGGACGAGGAUCCGCCAUGGAAGAAGUACCUCGAACAGUUCAAGAAUCCGCUCAUCCUGCUGUUGCUCGCCUCCGCUUUCGUGUCCGUCUGCAUGAAACAGUACGACGACGCGUUCAGCAUCACUGUCGCCAUUGUCAUUGUGGUGACCGUCGCCUUCGUGCAGGAGUACCGUUCGGAGAAGUCGCUGCAGGAGCUCACCAAACUCGUACCGCCCUCAUGUCAUUGCUUAAGGGAAGGAUCUCCGGACACGUUUCUGGCCAGGGAGUUGGUGCCGGGGGAUAUAGUACUACUGAACGUUGGAGAUCGGGUACCGGCUGAUUUACGAUUAUUCGAAGCCGUUGAUCUGACGAUCGAUGAAAGUUCAUUUACGGGUGAAACGGAACCGGCUAGGAAAAAUCCGGCAUCGGUUUUGAGGCCGAACGGUGCCCAUUCCUCCAACACCAACAUCGCAUUUAUGGGUACUCUCGUGCGGUGCGGAAACGGAAAGGGGAUUGUAGUUAGUACGGGAACAAAUAGCGAAUUCGGUACAGUCUUUAAAAUGAUGCUUGAAGAAGAAGCACCAAAAACUCCACUUCAAAGAUCAAUGGACAGCUUGGGGGCUCAAUUAUCUAUGUACUCUUUCGGAAUUAUUGGCCUGAUCAUGCUCUUUGGUUGGCUGCAAGGAAAAGUGAUUAUGGAAAUGUUCACGAUUGGCGUUAGCUUGGCAGUAGCAGCUAUUCCUGAAGGUUUGCCUAUUGUGGUGACGGUAACGUUAGCGUUGGGCGUGAUGAGGAUGGCUAAGAGGAAUGCUAUAGUUAAAAAGCUGCCGACCGUCGAAACAUUGGGUUGCGUAAACGUGAUCUGCUCAGAUAAAACGGGAACAAUAACGAGGAACGAGAUGACAGCCACCGUUUUGGUAACAUCGGACGGUUACAUCGCGGAACUGACAGGCGCCGGCUAUAACGAUCACGGUCAAGUGUUGCUGCACAAGUGCGACUUUCCCGACAAGGCCCGAGAGAGCGUCUACGUUCUUCUCGAGGUCGGAGUGGUGUGCAACAACGCCAUAAUAAUAAACGAGGAACUGAUGGGCUCGCCGACGGAGGGGGCGUUGAUCGCCGCCGCCAUGAAGCACGGCAUGUACAACAUCCAGGAUAAAUACAUCCGGUUGCAGGAGUAUCCGUUCUCGUCCGAACAGAAGCUGAUGGCGGUCAAAUGCACGUCGAAGUACGACGAGAAGUCCGAGUGUUUCUUUGUCAAGGGUGCAAUUGAGAAGAUUUUGCCUAAAUGUACAAAGUACAGCUGGAACGGCACGAUUAAACCGAUGGAUCCGAAGAAGGAACAGGAGUUCAUCACGGAGGCCCACGAGGUAGGCAGGAAAGGGCUUAGAGUAAUCGCGAUGGCGAAGGGUGCGACGCUGCAGGAUUUAGUGUACAUGGGACUGGUUGGCAUCUGCGAUCCGCCCAGGCCUCUGGUCAGGGAGGCCAUCACCACGCUCAGACAGUCCGGAGUGCAGGUUAAGAUGCUGACUGGCGAUUCGAUGGACACCGCAGUAGCAAUCGGUAAAAUUUUGUCAAUAAAUAAACAUACAAUUAUAAUAAAUAUAUUUUGUGAUUUUGCAGCGCAAACUAUUGGGUUGGACACUCUUCCGUCACAAGUGAUUUCCGGAGAACAACUCGAUUCGUUCUCGGAGACGGAAUUAGAUGGAGCCGUUCCCCACGCCACCGUUUUCUACAGGGUGUCGCCGAAGAACAAAUUGUCCAUAGUUAAAUCGUUGCAAAGGACGGGUCACAUUGUUGGUAUGACCGGUGAUGGUGUGAAUGACGGUGUGGCCUUAAAAAAAGCUGAUAUUGGAAUUGCUAUGGGCAAGAACGGCACGGACGUGUGUAAAGAGGCUGCCGACAUGAUUCUUGUCGACGAUGAUUUUUAUACAAUAAUAGCAGCAAUAGAAGAAGGAAAGAGCAUCUUUUACAACAUUCGAAAUUUUGUCAGGUUUCAGUUAUCAACGUCCAUUGCCGCUUUGUCUCUAAUAGCAUUGGCAACCUUAAUGGGAAUUCCCAAUCCCCUCAAUGCCAUGCAAAUUUUGUGGAUCAACAUAAUAAUGGACGGUCCACCAGCUCAAAGUUUGGGUGUAGAACCAGUGGAAAAAGAUGUAGUCAAACAAAAACCACGAAAUACCAAAGAACCAAUGAUUACCAAAAAGCUUAUUGUCAAUGUAUUAUUGUCAGCUAUAUUUAUAAUUGCCGGAACAUUAUGGGUAUUUAAAAAAGAAAUGAGUUCUGAAGGCAUAACGGCAAGAGACACAACCAUGACGUUUACUUGUUUCGUUUUCUUUGACAUGUGGAACGCUUUAAGUUGUCGUUCGCAAACCAAGAGCGUUUUCCAGAUUGGUUUGUUCUCUAACAAGAUGUUUUUGGUCGCAGUUACCUUGUCGGUUGUCGGACAAUUACUAGUUGUUUAUUUCCCGCCAUUGCAACAAGUUUUUCAAACCGAGGCUUUAACUGUUUGGGAUAUGGUUUUCUUGACGAGUCUGACGUCGUCGGUGUGGGUGUUCUCUGAAAUUAAGAAACUAAUAGAGCGACUAAUCGAACAGAAAGGCAAGGGCAAACGAUCGCCGCUGGAGUACGUAUGACAAGAGAGGGGGCCUGGGGCGAAAACCCGCUGCGAUUAGCUGCUUUCUGUCUUUUUGCCCCCCAAGUAGAUUGGCCCCCUUUAGAAUGUGCAAUAAAUAAUUUAUAUGGUUUGUAUUGGCCAUUAGUUUAAGAUUCAAACAUAUAAAAAGUGGAAUGCCUAAACGUGUACUUCUUCGCAAAUUCUCUCAAAUAUACGUGUAUCAAAAUGUAUGGCGUGCGUUUAGUUUUAGAGUUUUUAUUCGACGUUUUCUAAUUUUUAUUUAUUUGCACAUUUUAAUGGAUUAUUUUUAAUGCAGCUAAUCCUAGCAUAGUCGCAACGUUUUUGUAUAAGUAAAACACAGAUGGAAAGAAAUUGUACAGUUAUUAGGGUGAGAUUGCGCAACUGAAAAGCCUUUGGUAUCGACUCGUACAACCGCAACAAUAUUACAUAACAUAAAUUAAUCAUUAGAGUCGUAUAUAACGGCGGCAAAUAAAUUUGCCAGCAAAAUAUGUACUUCUAUGUUCAAUAUAGCACUAUAAAUGUAUUGAAUGUUAUUUUUAUGACUUGAAACAAGUCAAUACAUAUCACUUACUAUUUGUGUUUGCCUGAUCAAAUAGAAGAUUUCACGGUAUACACAUUGUUUUCAUGCAUUUACGUCUGCUGAUAUAUAUACAUUUGCCAAUUUUACAAGGCGGUAGUUUUGCAUAUACCAAAAUUAGCAUAAGUUGAAGUAGUCUCAUACGCAUUUUCCUAUUAAAUGUGUAUUUCUUCUCUGCCCUACUAACGACGGUAUACACACAUGAAUCUCAUAUAUUAGACCAGUUAAUACAUUAAGAAGUUACGCGCUGCCUAUGUGUUUUAUUGCGGUUUUUCUAUACUGUUUAGAAAUUGCUAUUGUGUAUUUAUAGUUGUUAUACAUACAGUACUUAAGAAAACAUUUUCUACGGUGACUAAUGUAAAAAGCAUUUCAAUUGUCGAUUUGUUGAAGAUUCACUGUUUAUAUUUAUUUAUGAUUGUUAUUUAAUAUAUUAGUUCAUAAAAUUAUCAGGGCUGUGAAGACUUUACUUAUUAGUUUUGUGUACAGUUUUUGUUGACAAUUAUUCUGUAUUAUAUUUAGCACCAUUGUAAAAUUCUCGGGAUUUAGUUUUUAGAUUCUGAUGAGAAUGUGUUACGCCAAUAUAGUAUUGGGACAGCCCUAAUAAUUUAAAUAAAGAAAUUACUUAUGUCUAUCUACAUUCGUUUAUAAAAGUUGUAAUGUCUAAUAUAAAUAAAUUUUUAAAGACAGUACAGAAAUCCUUGAACUAUAACACACAAAUUUUAAAAUAAAUAUGUACUUUUAAAUCAAAA